AAAAGAAAUAUAUACACUUUGUUUUUUAAACUAAAAAUUUGUUGAAAAAUAAUAAAUCAAGAAGAAAAAAAGUUAUUGGCAUUUAAAAAAAGUAAUUUAAAUAAUCAAUUUAAAUAUGUCAGAUAUUACUUAUGGCGAAUUUGAUCAAUAUGAGCAUUUCAAUUAUGGUUAUGAGCACAAGCACAUAUUUACUGCACACGGUGGAAAACAACGCAGCAAACUUGAGUCAGUUCAACACACAAAUCAACAUGAUCCAAAUGGACAUUCAAGAAAAAUUCUCACUAAAUUAAUGAACUCUGAAAAUAACAAGAAGUUUGUUAAAUCCAAGGCUUAAUUUCCUCAAAAGUUUCGUGCUCAUCUGUUCGUUCAAUACCUGUCCUGAGUUCUCUGUCAAAAAAAAAAAAAAAGAAGACGCUUCCAGAAGCUUUGGGAAGAUUGAAUCAGCAUUUAUUCACGUUAAUAAUUAUAAUAAUUAAUAAUAAUAAAUAUACCCAUCUGUUAUGAAAUAAGAUUAUGUAGAUCAUUAAAAAAAAAAAAACUCGUUUGUAAACGAUUUUA